GCCCCCCUCGCCCGGUCAGCGCAGCCCCACGGUGACUCCCCUUCCCCCCCCCCCCCCCGAAGGCUGCCCGGGCUGGGAUCCGGCGGGGCCCGGCCAACGCUAGGCACAGCCGGCCGCUCGGGGCGCGAAGUGGGUUUGUUUAGGCGCAGGUCAUCGGCGUUGUUCGUGCCAAAAAGCCGAGUUUGGCCCUUUUUGCUGAGACAAUGACAGGCUUUGAAAAGAACCUCCACCAGGAAAUGAUUUCUCAGCUGCAUAAUUUUGCUGCUGUUGGAGAUGCAGCCAAACUGAAAGCGUUGCUCAGCCAUUCUCCGUCACUUAUCAAUGCAGCUGCAGAUAAUGGCUGGACGGCCUUGAUGUAUGGUGCAAGAAAUGGACACUUUGAUGUUGUACGGAUUCUUCUGGAAGAAGGGUGUGACAGGUCCAUCGUUAAUAAGUCAAGGCAGACAGCUCUGGACAUUGCUAAAUUUUGGGGGUACAAGCACAUUGCUAAUUUAUUGGCUUAUGUGAAGGGUGAGCAGAAGCCUAAUUUUCUGUCAACUGAAGUGAAAGAGUAUGAAAAUUAUUUUAGCAUGACACUUGUGGACAGAAGAAGUGAUAAAAGAACAGAUUCCAAGUGGCUAAGCAAAAAACAAAGCCAUCCAGCUACAGUAUAUAUACUCUUCUCAAAUCUAAGCCCUUUGGUUAUGGGAAUGGAGAGGUCCCAGCCACCAGAAGUCAAGCUUUGUAGGCUGUGUCACAAGGAUGUGGAACAGUAUAUGAGCCAAACAGAAGAAGUCACUUUGAUCUUUCUUGGAGUUGAACUUCAGUUCAACAAGAAUUUUAUGGCUGCUCACAAUGAAAAGGUUCUGGAAGAAGAGGAAGAUGAUGAUGGGUUAGUUGCUUGGUUUGCUCUUAGCAUAGAUGCCGCUUCUGCUGAGAAAUUCAAAGAGAAGCAUGAGAACUGUUAUUUCCUUCACCCACCAAUGCCAGCACUACUGCAGCUGACUGAAAAGGAAGCUGGUGUAGUAGCCCAGGCUAGAUCUGUUCUAGCAUGGCACAGCCGCUACCGAUUCUGCCCAACAUGUGGGAGUGCAACCAAGAUUGAAGAAGGGGGUUACAAGAAAACUUGUCUAAAAGAAGGUUGUCCCAGUCUCCAAGGUGUUCACAACACAUCAUAUCCAAGAGUAGAUCCCGUUGUGAUAAUGCAAGUCAUCCAUCCAGAUGGGAACCACUGCCUUUUAGGUAGACAAAAGAGGUUUCCUCCAGGAAUGUUUACUUGUCUUGCUGGAUUUGUAGAACCUGGUGAAACAAUAGAAGAUGCUGUUCGAAGAGAAGUAGAAGAGGAGGCUGGAGUCAAAGUUGGCCAUGUUCAGUAUGUCUCUUGUCAGCCGUGGCCAAUGCCCUCCUCCCUAAUGAUUGGCUGCUUAGCUGUUGCAGUGUCUACAGAAAUUAGAGUUGACAAGAAUGAAAUAGAGGAUGCCCGCUGGUUCACUAGAGAACAGGUUGUGGAAGUUAUCAUUAAAGGAAAUCAGCAUUCAUUCUUUGUACCACCAAGUCGAGCUAUUGCACACCAGCUGAUAAAACAUUGGAUUGGAAUGAAUGCUAAUCUUUAAUUCAAAUAACUGAUUUCUUUAAGUUUAAUUAUUUCUUUUAGUGGAUGCUAAAAUUAAGAAUAAACUAGAAAGAACUGUUUAUCUAAUGUUUGUGCAAACAUGUAAGUUUUUGAGUCUUUGCUUUGGUUCCUGAAGUGAAUAUACAAACCUUUACAAUUUUUUUCAUACCUGAGUGAGAACUGAGUAAUAACACAGUGAUUAUCCUAAGGAAUCAAGGAACAACUAGGCAAAAUUAAUUCUUUAUUUUGCUUAGGCUGCUUUGUUUUUGUUCGAUCAAAUUAUUAGGCCUGUCACUAUCAUGUUCGUAAUGUUUGAUUUGGAUUUUCCUGUGCACCACUAGAAGGACUCACAUUACAAAAAGGCCUAACUUUGCCUGUUGCCUGCACUCUGUAUUUACAUCCUCCUGUUCUGUCAUUCUAGCUUCCUUCUCAUUUUUCUCUGUCUCCAUUUUUUAAAAUUCUACAUAGCACAAAAUACACCAGUCACUGUUCAUUGCGUCCGAUCAGCAACAGCUAGUUUUAAGCUAAUAGCAUCAUUCAAUGGUGAAUAUGUAGUACUUUUUAUCUUUUAUGUGAAUAACACUGUAAAGAGUAUUUACUCUUCCAGUUUGAUUUCACCCAGUUACACAGUUACGUCAUCCUGAAUGUAAAGGUAUAACAGCAUAUUUAUGAUUAAUGUAUUGGAAAACCAAACCAAGAUAAUAAUGCACUUAUUGACCCCAGCCAAUGAGUUAUUUCAUUCCCUGAUAAUUAGUAAUGGAGGAGUAAUGGAGGAUAAAAGAUUGUAUAUAUUUUCAGAUAUUAUGUCUUUUAAAUAAAGUUGUUUUAUACAAAUUGAGACAUUUAGAUUAUUACUGCUAUUAAGAAUUCACAGUUGAAAGAAAUAUAUUGACCCCAGCUGUAAGACUAAGAAGGCAAUAUGUUAAUUAAAAUAAUUACUUAUGGAUAUUUAAUGCUAUAGUUCAGAUUUGUGCCUUAAUUUUGCUAUUGAAAGAAUAUAUCUUUUUAAAAUGGAAGUUUUAAAAGUAUACUGUUGUUAUGAAUUUAAUUAUGUUAUCAUUCAGUAGUCUGUGAUUAUGCAGACAUUGCAGUGUUAUAAAAAUGCAAAUGAACUGGAGGUAAUACAAUGAUAGUCAUAAAAAUUAACUUAUUAUGAAAUGGUCAUUUGUUUAUUCAGAAUAAUUUGAAUAUUUUUUAAUCAAUAAACUAUGCAAGAUUUGUUUCAAAA